ACGCUCUACCAGAGUACACGCUUCUGCUUCGGAGUCAAACAUUCUACAUACAACUUCUGGAAUGAAUAAACUGAUUUGCCUGGUCUUACUUUCAAGCUUUUGGAUCUUUCUCGGUGAAGGAUACGACCCUUGCUGUGCACAGCCUUGCCAAAACCAGGGUGUGUGUUUAUCUAAGGGUGCUGAUGCUUAUGAAUGUGACUGUACCAGGACGGGAUAUUAUGGUGAAAACUGUACUACCCCCGAACUUCUCACACUUAUCAAAUCAACUCUGAAGCCGAGGCCAAACAUAGUGCAUUAUAUCUUAACGCAUUAUAAAUGGAUCUGGGACAUCAUCAACAACAUCUCCUUCCUGAGAGAUGCCAUAAUGAGAUAUGUCCUGACAUCAAGGUCCCAUUUGGUCAACAGUCCACCGACGUACAAUGCAGAUUAUAACUACAAAAGCUGGGAAGCGUAUUCUAACUUGUCCUAUUACACCCGCACCCUCGUCCCAUUGCCGCAGAACUGCCCUACGCCCGAUCUCCCAAAUGCAAAGCAGGUGGUGGAGAAGGUGCUGGUGAGGAAACAGUUCAUCCCUGAUCCACAGAGGACCAGUCUCAUGUUUGCUUUCUUCGCCCAGCAUUUCUCUCACCAGUUCUUCAAGUCAGACUUUAAAAAAGGACCAGCCUUCACCAAAGCCCUGGGCCAUGGAGUGGAUUUGGGGCAUAUUUAUGGAGAGACACUGGAGAGACAACACAAACUUCGUCUAUUUAAAGAUGGAAAGCUAAAGUAUCAGGUUGUGGAUGGUGAGGUGUAUCCUCCAUUGGUGAAGGAUGUCCAGGUGGAGAUGCACUAUCCUCCUCACGUCCCAGAGGAACAGAGAUUUGCUGUGGGCCAUGAGGCCUUUGGUUUGGUUCCAGGUUUGAUGAUGUAUGCCUCCAUUUGGCUUCGUGAGCACAACCGCGUCUGUGAUAUCAUGAAGCAAGAGCAUCCCGACUGGGACGACGAGAGAAUCUUCCAAACCACUCGUCUCAUCCUGAUUGGUGAGACCAUCAAAAUUGUGAUCGAGGACUAUGUUCAGCACUUGAGUGGCUACCACUUCAAGCUCAAGUUUGACCCGGAGCUUCUCUUCAAUGAGCGCUUCCAGUACCAGAACCGCAUCGCAUCCGAAUUCAACACUCUGUAUCACUGGCACCCGCUGAUGCCUGACAACUUUCAGAUCCAGGACCAGGUCUACGGCCACCACCAGUUUGUGUUUAACAACUCUAUUUUGACCCAGCACGGCAUCCGCAACAUGGUGGAUUCCUUCACCAAACAGAGGGCUGGAAGGGUUGCUGGUGGACGUAACCUGCCUGCUGCAGUUCAAGCAGUGGCUGUUAAAGUUCUGGAGCAUUCCAGAGAGAUGCGCUACCAGUCUUUAAAUGCCUACAGGAAACGCUUCAACAUGAAGCCCUACUCGUCCUUCGAGGAUAUGACAGGAGACAAGGAGCUGGCAGCCGAAAUGAAGCAGCUGUACGGUCACAUAGAUGCGGUCGAGCUGUAUACUGGCCUUCUUGUGGAGAAACCCAGACCCAACUCUGUGUUUGGGGAGACUAUGGUGGAGAUGGGAGCGCCCUACUCUCUCAAAGGCCUCAUGGGAAAUGCUAUUUGUUCUCCUGAAUACUGGAUGCCUAGCACAUUUGGUGGGAAAGUGGGAUUUGACAUUGUUAACACAGCCUCAUUGAAGAAGCUGGUGUGCAUGAAUAUCAAGGGACCUUGUCCGAUGGUGUCCUUUCAGGUGCCUGAUGUGAAAUAUCAGAGUUCAGAAAACAUGAAUUCAAGCUCAGUGCACUCCACACAACAUCAUACUAACCCAACGGUUGUCUUGAACGAGCGAAGUUCAGAGCUCUAAAAGAUUUUGAAGGCCUCAUUGCCUUCACCAUGAUACUUGAUGUCAUAUUUGUUAUUUAUUUGUUUAAGUAAUUUAUUUCAAUAUGUAUUUAUUGCUGGGUUUUUGUAUUGCUAUUGACAUGCAACAUGCAUUUUAAUAUUUUUUUUUUUACACAUACUUGAAAGGAAGUCACAUG